AAGCCUCCGCCCAGAUCCAGCGCGGAGCCGAGGCUGACGGACUGCCCCCGAAAAGCCUCAACCCCUCCGCCGCCUCUCCGCCGCCUGCUACCGGGAGGAGCCGCAGGAAUGACCGACAAUAUCCCGCUACAGCCGGUGAGACGACUGAAGAGACACGACAGUAAACACAGAAAUGGGUGCUGCCCGUGGUCGAGCUGUUGUGGCAUGGGCGACUUCCGUCCCCGCACUGUGUGGCUCGGCCACCCAGAAAAGAGGGAGCAGAGGUACCCCAGGAACGUCAUUAACAACCAGAAGUACAACUUCUUCACUUUCUGCCUGCGGUAUGUGCUGUUCCAUCAGUUCAAGUACUUCUUCAACUUGUACUUUCUGCUCCUGGCCUGCUCGCAGUUCAUCAACGAGCUGCGCUUAGGGGAGCUCUACACCUACUGGGUCCCUCUGGGUCUUGUUUUGGCGAUCACCGUCAUAAGAGAGGCAGUGGAAGAAAUAAGAUGCUACCUCCGAGACAAAGAAGUGAACUCUCAGAUUUACAGCAAGCUUUCGACGAGAGGCACGGUGAAGGUUAAAAGCAGCGGCAUUCAAGUCGGAGAUCUUAUAAUCGUGGAAAAGAACCAGCGUGUUCCUGCUGACAUGAUCUUUUUAAGGACCUCUGAAAGAAAUGGUUCCUGUUUCCUGCGGACUGACCAGCUGGACGGAGAGACGGACUGGAAACUACGCCUCCCAGUGGCCUGCACGCAGAGGCUGCCGACUGCUGCUGACCUUCUACAGAUUAGAUCAUACGUGUACGCAGAAGAACCAAACAUUGAUAUCCAUAACUUUAUUGGAACUUUCACCAGGGAAGAUGGGGAUCCCCCAGUGAAUGAAAGCCUCAGCAUCGAGAACACCCUGUGGGCCAGCACCGUUGUUGCCUCUGGCACAGUGGUGGGGGUUGUGAUUUACACAGGCAGGGAGCUGCGCAGCGUCAUGAACACCUCCAACCCGAGGCACAAGGUGGGUUUGUUUGACUUGGAAGUCAACUGUUUGACUAAGAUCCUGUUCGGGGCCCUCGUGGUGGUGUCACUGGUCAUGGUGGCCCUCCAGCACUUCGCCGGCCGUUGGUACCUCCAGAUUUUCCGCUUCCUGCUGCUCCUCUCUCACAUCGUGCCCAUCAGUCUGCGUGUCAAUCUGGACAUGGGGAAGAUGGUUUUCAGUUGGAUGAUUAAGAAAGACUCCAAGAUCCCGGGGACGAUGGUGAGGGCCAGCACCAUACCUGAACAGCUCGGACGCAUCUCCUACCUGCUGACGGAUAAAACAGGGACUCUUACUCAGAAUGAAAUGGUGUUCAGGCGUCUUCAUCUUGGAACUGUGGCGUACGGGAUGGACUCGAUGGAUGAAGUGCAGAGCCACGUGUUCAGCGCCUACACACAGCCCACUCAUGACCUUCCGGCCUCGAGGGCUCCGGCAGCCACUAAGGUCCGCAAGACGAUCAGCAGCAGAGUUCACGAGGCCGUGAAGGCCAUCGCUUUGGUGCACAACGUGACACCGGUGUACGAGGCCAACGGCGUGACGGACCAGGCCGAGGCCGAGCAGCAUUACGAAGACACAUGCAGAGUGUACCAGGCCUCCAGCCCGGAUGAGGUGUCGCUGGUGCAGUGGACUGAGAGCGUCGGUUUGACGCUGGUGGGAAGAGACCAGUCCUCCAUGCAGCUGCGGACCCCUACUGGCCAAAUCCUGAACUUCACCAUCCUACAGAUAUUCCCCUUCACCUACGAGAGCAAGCGGAUGGGCAUCAUAGUGCGAGACGAAUCUACGGGAGAGAUCACCUUCUACAUGAAGGGUGCUGAUGUGGUCAUGGCAGGCAUCGUGCAGUACAACGACUGGCUGGAAGAGGAGUGCGGAAACAUGGCGAGGGAAGGCCUGAGGGUCCUCGUGGUCUCCAAGAAAUCCCUGACAGAGGAGCAGUAUCAAGAUUUUGAGGCGCGGUACGUCCAAGCCAAGCUGAGCGUCCACGACCGCUCUCUGAAGGUGGCCACGGUGAUUGAGAGCCUGGAGAUGGAGAUGGAGCUGCUGUGUCUGACCGGAGUGGAAGAUCAGCUCCAGACUGAUGUCAGGCCCACCCUGGAGAUCCUCCGCAACGCAGGCAUCAAGGUUUGGAUGCUGACAGGAGACAAGCUCGAAACGGCCACAUGCACCGCCAAGAACGCCCAUCUGAUUACCCGCAACCAGGACAUCCAUACCUUCAGACCUGUGACAACGCGAGGGGAAGCCCACCUGGAGCUCAACGCUUUCAGGAGAAAACACGACUGCGCGCUGGUGAUUUCCGGGGAUUCGCUUGAGGUUUGUCUGAAAUACUACGAGUACGAGUUCAUGGAGCUCGCGUGUCAGUGUCCCGCUGUGGUUUGCUGCCGAUGCACCCCGACCCAGAAGGCUCAGAUAGUCCGGCUGCUGCAAGAGCGCACUGGCAAGCUCACCUGUGCUGUAGGGGACGGAGGAAACGAUGUCAGCAUGAUCCAGGAAGCCGACUGUGGCGUGGGAGUGGAGGGAAAAGAAGGAAAGCAGGCCUCGCUGGCUGCCGACUUCUCCGUGACUCAGUUCAAACAUUUGGGCCGUCUCCUGAUGGUCCACGGUCGGAACAGCUACAAAAGGUCUGCGGCCCUCAGCCAGUUCGUCAUCCACAGGAGCCUGUGCAUCAGCGCCAUGCAGACCGUCUUCUCCUCUGUCUUCUACUUCGCUUCAGUCCCGCUCUACCAAGGAUUUCUGACCAUCGGAUACUCCACUGUCUACACCAUGUUCCCCGUCUUCUCCCUCGUGCUGGACAAAGAUGUGAAGUCAGAGGUCGCCAUGUUGUACCCAGAACUGUACAAAGAUCUCUUGAAGGGUCGACCGCUGUCGUUCAAGACGUUUCUAAUAUGGGUCUUGAUCAGCAUCUAUCAAGGGAGCAUCAUCAUGUACGGCGCGCUGCUGCUCUUCGAGUCAGAGUUCGUCCAUAUCGUCGCCAUUUCCUUCACCUCGCUCAUCCUGACCGAGCUGCUGAUGGUCGCCCUGACCAUCCAGACGUGGCACUGGCUCAUGAUAGUCGGCGAGCUCCUGAGCCUGGCCUGCUACGUCGCCUCGCUCGUCUUCCUGCACCAGUUCAUAGACAUAUACUUCAUCACCACGGUGUCGUUCCUGUGGAAGGUGACCGCCAUCACGCUGGUGAGCUGUCUGCCCCUUUACAUCCUCAAGUACCUCCGCAGACGCUUCUCCCCGCCCAGCUACUCCAAGCUGACCUCUUAAAGACUGAGAGGAGACCUCCGGCCUCAUUUACCGUACGGAAAAGAAAAAAAAAACCCAUAAAGGCGUCCUGUCAAACACGGAUCCAUCCUCCUUUAAUUAGUUCUGAAGUGUGCCAGGGACAGAGAGGGAGUGUUACUUGCUUACACGUGUUUGAUGCAAAGACUAACUGAUGAUUUGUGUCAGCUGUCAACAGAAAUGUAAAGAUGUAACGUAACGUGCAGCUUUUUCUAGCCCGUACGUGCGAAAUGAACGAAGGUUCGACCCGAAUCACGCAGGUCCGGUUUGUUUCAUAAUGUCAAAACUCACACGAAGUGGAAAAGUUUUGUCGGGUCUGUGGAUGUGUCACUCGAGGCUGGAAACUUAAUUUUCUCUAAUUUCCAUUUCAGUUUUUAUUGUCAGACACCGAAACCGACGUCGCAUUCUCACUCAGGACUUGAUUCACACUCUCCUUAAACAGUGAUGUCUAAAUGGAGUUUGAGAGUUACACGGUUAAAAAAAAAAAGAAAGAAGUUUACUGGCUAGACUUUGCAUAAAACACACGUCUGCAAGUUUGUGUAUUUGUUUAUGCGUCACCGCGAUGCUGCGGCCCAACACGGCGGAGGUGGUGUGGUUGUUUAUUUUAGCAUGACCCCGUGGCGUCUGAUGUUAAAUCUGUCUUUGUGUCUUUGUACGGACCCUGAGUUGUUAGUGUUUGUGGAGCGCGGUCCAAACGGCCACAAAGGAGCGUUGGUUUAUUUGCAGUCCCCCACCCCCCCAGAAAAAAAACCUUCCUCCGAGGGCUCCCGGCUGGCUGUGAGGGAAUGCUGCAGCCUUCUCAUGUGGCCACCACCGGCCACGCUUAAGCAUUGCAUGAUGACUCACUGUAACGGUGACCUAAAGCCAUAACUGAAAAUACCCCGGUGACCAACGUCCCCCUCACCUCGCCCUCUCGCUGCUCACUUUGACUAACCUCGAGUGUGAAAAGAAGAAGAAAAAAGGGAUCAAAUCACUUCUCAUAAGUCAGAUACAAUGUGAAUAAUGUCAAUAAGUAUUACUACUGCACAUCCCAUAUGAUCGUACGCUCCUGUUUCAUUUCUUUUAGUGGUGUGACGGUGGAGAUCCUGUAAAUAACGAGUAACUGACAGAAUAACACGACCACAAAUUCAAUUUAAAAAAAAAAACUUUUCUCACUUUCCUGAAUCUGUAACGUGUCAAACGGAGCAUCCAGGGUGCCAUAACCGAAUCAUCGCAGCGUGUUUCAGUUCAUCUUCUAAUCUCCACCGAACAAACAAAAGUUUGCACAGAGCUUUUUCUUUUUUGUACGACUUGAUUAUUCUAUUUUUUAUGUUGUAAUAGAAGUCCAAAAACAUGAUGAAUGAAGCUAAAAUGAUUGUGUUGCUUGUAAAUAACCUGUUUAAUAUUAUUAUUAUUUUUUAUUUAUUAACAUGUUUUAUUUAAUGGCGUUGAUUGCACUGAGCAAUGAGCAGAACAAAAAAAAUAAUAAUUAAAAAAAAAGGGAGAAUUGUGUCGAUGUCGUGCUGAUGAUUAAUAAAUCUCAUGUUUUCUUUU